GACGUGUCAGACCUGAUGAUGCUCAACACACCAGCUGCGGACGAGCGCGUCUUUCGGGAAGCAGAGGGCAUAUUCCGUGCCACUGCAAAGCGCUCUGGCAUGCGACGACACUCUUUCAGAUGCGCCACCUACGCGAGGGACAUUUACAGCCAGGCAGACUACGCGCCAGUCACCGAACCACCCGAGCUGAUACUCGACACCGAGAGCCUCAUCACCCGACUUUUCAAGGACGGCGUCGGCGCCGAAGAAGAUGACGAGAGACUGGAUGAAGCCUUGGCUACCGUCACCGGACAGCUCACUGGCGUCUGGAAGAAGCAUGUUGACAGCAUGCCCAUGCCGUCGGAGGAGCACGUUGCCGAAAUUGGUCCCGCGCCAUCGGCAUCACCCUUUGAAAAGGCGGCCUAUCUCGCGACGCUCGCUCUGCAAGUACACCACACGCGGACAGGUAACGACAGCAAAAUGACCGAACCCCUCCCAGAAACCCUGUUCCGCUGGCUGUCCGAGUACCACAACCCUUAUCCGACCCAAGUCCAAGAAGUGCUGGACUGCAAGCCAUGCCCGGCCAGCCACUCCAUGUUCUGGCCCACAGUCUGCAUGGCUCUGCUGCGGAGCCAGGUUGCGGAUGCACAGAACCUGCUCAUGAGCGCGGCUUGGGAGAAGGUCAAGACGAACCGCCGGGGAGAGCUCGAGUACAGCGGCCGGGCCCUGGACAACGUGCGCCGAGCCACCGAGGAGACGUGUGCCAUGCUCGAGGAGUGCCCCGCCAAGAAAGGCAACUGGGAGAUCUGGAACAGUGACUGGACUCUCUUCCGUAUCAAGGCACGAGGCAAGCUUGAGCAGCUGCGGCGGUUCGCAGAGGGAAAGAACGCGAUGGCUAUCGAUGUCGACCCAUCGGAGAGUCACCAGUCUCUUGCUGUGGUAGCUCGAAAAGCCGAGAGUCAAGUGCCUUGGGAGAUUUACGAAAACCUCAACGUCAUCUUCGAAAUCGCCCUUGGUGCCCCCGAUGUGAUUCUCGAAACGGCCCAGGAUUGGUGUGAGGCAACGAUCGGUCUGUUUGGGUGGUGGGACGAGACUCGCGGCGACAGGAACGUUCCACUCUCCACGUCUCAGAACAUCAUUCUGGCGCCGCAGAAUAAUGGCGCUGACGGAUACAUGGAGCGCCUGGCUCGUUGCCUCCAGACGGCUGUGGGACCUAACGACUUUCAUUUCAACAUACUGAACCCGGUGGAGGUCGGACUGGCCUGCGUUUUUGAGGACAACGCGAAAGCCGUGAUUGGUAUCCUGCGGACGUGGUCGCUGCCGGUGGCUGCAGCGGUGGCAGAGAUAGCGUCUCUGGGCCGAUGGCUUCCUCAGCACCAGCCAUCCGCCCUCUACGCCUUCGAAGACCUCGACAUGGAGGAUCUCGAGGUCCUGGGCGUGAACCCACAAGAUCCUGAUGAGGUGGACGGUAUCAAAGAUAACACCCUGAUCCAAUAUGCACAAGAGCUAGCCAACUACAAAGACAUGUCUACGGUUCAGGACAGAUUCGGCAUCACUCGAGAUGGCUGGGAGGUCGCAAUACAUGUCCUUGGCCGCAUGGACUCGCCGAAGCGCUCUGAGGAUACUGUUGGUGAGCUGGUGCAGACAAUUUUGCAGGAGAUCAGCGAGGACUCGAGUGAGAUGGUUGACAAGGUGUGGCGGCUGCUCAACGAUCUCGGCAUGAUCCAAUUCGCUGAGCAAGUUGCAGAGCAUUUUGGCGAUAUCCUGAGGGAGCACAGCGAUCGCUUUGGCGAGGCAAUGUGGUACUACGCCCUGGCCCAUCGGCCAGGCAAGGUGCGCGACGUAAUGCACUUCCUCAUCGGCAUCUGCCUGUUCCAAUCUGCAGCCUACCCGCCUCCUGCAGAGCUCGAUGAUCACCUACGAAAGCUGUUGAAGCAACGAAACACAACCCUGGAGGAGCUCGCCAAACAGGACCUCGAGGCCGCAGAGCUUCUGGGAAAGAUGCUUGCCGGCUACGCGACGCUGCGAAAGUUCUAUGAGAUCCGCGAUGACGAAUCUCUGCCUCUUGCCCGACGACGGCAGUCGGCCGUAGGCGCGCUGAUUGUUGUGAUUGCGUCCUCUGACGACAACAUCCGCGGCGGCCUGUAUGACGCGUCCCGCGAUGCUAUUGUCGGCGAAGAGUUCCUUCUCGCCCUCCUCGGCGAGGUUCUGGUUUUCGUGAACCAGGCUGGGCGAGAUCCGGGCGCUUCACCUCUCCUCGCGCUUGAGCAGAUCGACGUCCUCCUAAAAGCGGUCGAGGACAUCGAGACAGUCGGUGGGAGCGUGUUCAAAGCAAGCAAUGACUUCUUCCAGCUGGUACUGGCUUCUGCUCCAGCUCUGCUGAAGGGCUCAACGCCUGCGGACCUCCUCAAGAAGUCCGGGUCUGGCUCCGUGGGCAUCUCGGGCACGUCGAUGCUGGCGUCUCAGCUGCAUCGGUCCGUGGCGGGUGGUGGUGGUGGUCAAGGGUCAGGUGCAGAGUCAGGUCCGCUAGCAUCCAAGACAAACCUCAAGAGGGGUUGGGAUUGGAGAUCUGGUCUGGACUUCUCGACGACGGCAGAGAAUGUAUUGCGUAUUUUGCGCCUCGGAUUGACGAAGGACCUGGCCAAGUUGUGGUUGUUGGAGGCGGACAGCGGGAUGUUGUAGGCGAGGUACUGCGAUCCAGAUUUGGCCCUCUCAAUGAGAGGGGAGUCACGAAGCAUGCCACGAGAUGACUGGGAGGUUGAGAGACAGACAGAGAGAGCGGCUCAUGCAUUGUCUUGUUGGAAGGCGGUGGAUUGCUGGGAUGAAUUUGCCAUAAACAACAGUCUUGAAGACAACAAAACCUUCUGCCUGCUCCUGGCGGCAAGAAUGGAAAGAUGAUACCUUUAUAAUGAUGAGAAAGUCACAUGAUCACUAAGCC